AUAUACAUUCAGAUUUACUUUCAUCUUUCCUCUCUGCGAUAUAUAUAUAUACCUCCCUCGCUCAAUCCUUUCUUCAACCACAUAUAUAUAUAUACACAUAUACAAACACGCAAAAACACACGCUGAAAAAUCAUCAAUCGCCAAUUCAAAAUCAUCAAUCGCAACUGUAUUUAAGGCUCCACCCUUUGAAUUUCUUACCGCGCUCGCUGUGUACCCCCUUCGAUUUCUUCGAUUAUAACAUAAAACCCCAGAUCCUCUCAAAUCCACACGUAUAAAGGUGGUAAAAUUUUGCUCGAAAUUCAACAAAAAGAAAGGGUAGAUUUUAUUUGAUGGCAGAUCCUCAAGGGUUGGAAGGUAGCCAACCAGUUGAUCUCACCAGACAUCCUUCUGGAAUUGUUCCGAUUCUCCAAAAUAUUGUAUCAACAGUCAAUCUGGACUGCAAAUUAGAUCUCAAGGCUAUCGCACUGCAGGCUCGCAAUGCAGAGUACAAUCCAAAACGUUUUGCUGCUGUGAUUAUGCGGAUUAGAGAUCCAAAAACCACGGCUCUAAUAUUUGCAUCUGGAAAGAUGGUUUGUACAGGAGCUAAGAGUGAGCAACAGUCGAAAUUGGCUGCUCGCAAGUAUGCUAGAAUUAUUCAAAAGCUUGGCUUCCCAGCAAAGUUUAAGGAUUUCAAGAUUCAGAACAUAGUCGGUUCCUGUGAUGUAAAAUUCCCUAUCCGACUCGAAGGGCUUGCAUAUGCCCAUGGUGCUUUCUCAAGUUAUGAGCCAGAACUCUUCCCCGGAUUAAUAUACCGGAUGAAACAGCCAAAGAUUGUGCUCUUGAUUUUUGUCUCUGGAAAGAUAGUUCUCACUGGUGCUAAGGUCAGAGAUGAGACCUAUGCAGCCUUUGAGAAUAUAUACCCAGUUCUGAACGAAUUCCGGAAAGUUCAGCAGUGAUUUAUCGAGAAGUUUGAUGCCAUCUCUAAAGGAUCUUGAAGAAUUCAAGGGAACCUUUGUUUGCACCUGCUGUGUGUGGGGUUUUCACCUGUAAAUAACUUGUAGUGUUUAGCCAAUUCGCUUAGAGAUAACUACGGUUGGUUAGAGUGAGCCAUUGCGUUGGCAAUUUUUUUCACCUCGGCUUUUUUCGAUCUGUAUUUUGUACUUACUAUGCGAAAUCAAACUAUUUGAGCCGAUGCUCGUUCAUCCGAACAGAUCAAACAAAUUUUUUUCCUGU